GUGAGGGCUGAGGGGGACAGGACGCAGGCGGGGCACGGAGCGGCCUCGGGAGGGACGCCCCGGGUCUUGGAGGGUCCCCCUGGGGCUCGGAGAGGGACCCAGGGGCUGGGAGGGGGACCCCAAGUCCUAUAAGGCGAACCCCAAGGCCUCGAACGGGGGCCCCAAAUCUUGAGCGGGUCCCUCAGGGCUUCGGGGGGUCCCCCCGGGACUUGGGGGCGGACCCCAAGGCUUGGAAGGGGGACCUCGGGGCUGGGAGAGGAACCCAAAAUCCUCCUAAGGCCUGGAGUGGGACCCCAAGGCCUCAAACGGGGUCCCCAAAUCUUGAGUAGGUCCCUCAGGGCUUGAGGGGGUCCCCUUGGGGCUUGAAGGGGGGCCCCAAAGCUUGGAGGGUCCAGCACACCCCGGGUUCUCGCUCCCAGCCUGGUCAGCAGCAGUAAUUUGUGAAUUUUCUGCCCAUCAUCAUUGCCCCGAGCCGAUGCCCCUAGAGCAAAAUGAGCGCGGGUGUCAGAGGAAGGGGGGCUGCCCGGGGGAGAGGCUUCCAGGGGUGGCGAGGUGGGUGGAGAGGAGGAUGGCGAGGAGGAUGGCGAGGACGAGGAGGACAAAAGGCAGAGUGGAAGAGAAUGCCCCAACCUGUAACAUCUCGACUAGUUCAGUCAACAUUGGACCAGUUUAUUCCGUAUAAGGGCUGGAAACUUUAUUUUUCUGAAGCUUAUGCUGACAAGUCUCCUUUUGUCCUGAAGACUCAAGCCUUUGAAAAAUUUUUCAUGCAACGCAUUGACCUUUAUGAUAAGGAUGAAAUAGAAAGAAAAGGAAGUAUCCUUGUGGAUUAUAAGGACCUGAUAGAAGAUAGAGAAUUAACUAAAUCAAUACCAAAUGUAUCUGCUGAGUUACGGGAUAUGCCUCAGAAAACAUUACAGUGUAUGGGUCUAGCAAUUCACCAGGUGCUAACAAAGGACCUUGAAAGGCAUGCUGCAGAGCUGCAGGUGCAGGAAGGAUUACCGCUUGAUGGAGAAGCUGUAAUAAAUGUGCCUCUCAUUCAUGCCAGGAUUUACAACUAUGAUCCGCUAACUCAGCUGAAAAACGUCCGGGCCAACUGCUAUGGGAAAUACAUCGCCUUGCGGGGUACUGUUGUGCGCGUCAGUAACAUUAAGCCUCUGUGCACUAAGCUAGCCUUUGUCUGUGGCACAUGCGGAGAUGUUCAGAGCGUUCCUCUGCCUGAUGGAAAAUACACUCUUCCAACUAAGUGCCUUAUACCCGAGUGCCGUGGCCGGUCAUUCACACCCGACAGAAGCUCUCCUUUAACCACAACAGUGGACUGGCAGUCUAUUAAGGUUCAGGAGCUCAUGUUGGAUGAUCAGCGAGAAGCAGGCCGAAUCCCUCGCACAAUCGAAUGUGAACUGGUUCAAGAUCUGGUGGACAGCUGCGUCCCAGGAGAUGUGGUCACAAUUACAGGGAUAGUUAAGGUGUCGAGCACUGAGGAAGGAGCUUCUAAAAAUAAGAAUGACAAGUGUGUGUUCCUGUUGUACAUUGAGGCGAAUUCUGUCAGCAACAGUAAAGGACAAAAAACAAAGAACUUUGAUGAUGAGACUUUUCAAAGAUCAUUCAUGGAGUUUUCGCUUAAGGACCUCUAUGCUGUUCAAGAAAUCCAAGCUGAGGAAAAUCUCUUCAGGCUCAUUGUAAACUCUCUUUGUCCUGCCAUCUAUGGCCAUGAGAUUGUCAAGGCAGGCUUGGCCCUGGCGUUAUUUGGAGGAUGUCAGAAGUUUGUCGAUGACAAGAACAGAAUCCCGGUUCGAGGAGAUCCACAUGUUCUGGUUGUUGGAGAUCCAGGAUUAGGAAAAAGUCAAAUGCUGCAAGCAGUGUGUAACGUUGCCCCUCGAGGUGUGUAUGUUUGUGGUAAUACUUCCACCAGCUCUGGCCUGACUGUUACUCUGUCUAGAGAUGGCGCUUCGGGAGAUUUUGCCUUGGAAGCUGGUGCUUUAGUGCUCGGAGAUCAAGGUAUUUGUGGAAUAGAUGAAUUUGAUAAGAUGGGAAGCCAGCAUCAGGCUCUGCUGGAAGCCAUGGAACAGCAAAGUAUCAGCCUUGCCAAAGCUGGCAUUGUUUGCAGCUUGCCAGCCAGGACAUCUAUCGUUGCUGCAGCAAACCCGGUUGGAGGACAUUAUAACAAAGCCAAAACGGUGUCUGAGAACUUAAAAAUGGGGAGUGCUUUGCUGUCAAGAUUUGAUUUGGUUUUCAUUUUGCUGGACACCCCAAAUGAAGAUCACGAUCACUUGCUGUCUGAGCACGUGAUGGCUAUCCGAGCUGGAAAGCAGGCAGCGUGCAGCAGCGCCAUUGUGAGUCGUGCCAACGUGCAGGAUCACUCUGUUCUUGAAGUUGUUUCUGAUCGGCCACUGCUUGAAAGACUAAAGAUCUCACCAGGAGAAAACUUUGAUGCCAUUCCACAUCAGCUGCUGAGGAAGUACGUCGGAUACGCUCGGCAGUACGUUCACCCAAAGUUAUCUCCAGAAGCUGCUCAGGUCCUCCAGGAAUUCUACCUUGAGCUUCGGAAGCAGAACCAAGGAGCAGACAGCACGCCAAUCACCACGAGGCAGCUGGAGUCGCUGAUUCGACUUACCGAGGCACGAUCAAGGCUGGAAUUAAGGGAGAAAUGUACCAAGGAAGAUGCUGAGGAUGUAAUAGAAAUAAUGAAAUACAGCAUGCUGGGAACCUACUCGGAUGAGUUUGGGAAACUGGACUUUGAACGUUCCCAGCAUGGGUCUGGGAUGAGCAAUCGGUCACAAGCAAAGAGAUUUAUUUCUGCCCUCAACAGUAUUGCGGAAAGAACUUACAACAAUCUCUUUGAAUUGCAACAGCUUCGACAGAUUGCAAAGGAGCUACAGAUACGAGUAUUCGAUUUUGAAAGCUUUAUUCAAUCCCUAAAUGAUCAGGGUUAUCUUUUGAAAAAAGGCUUGAGAGUUUAUCAGCUUCAGACUAUGUGAAGAGAAACACUGCCUGUCUCUGAACUUUGAGACAUAACCGAAGUAUCUGGAAUGGGCUGAUGGACACACAGCAAUAAAGCACCCUGAAUUGCAGCCUACCACAGAAGCUGAUGCACUGUUGCUUACUUGAGGUGCAAGAUCAUUAUUUGGGAACUGGCAACGCCAGCAGGCUUGCCUGAAGCUGUCGUGGGACAAACUGCCCUGUGAUACUGCUGCCUGACUCACCCUGUAGGUGUAGGUCUGCUAGCCCAAAUGAUCACAGUAACAAAUGUUGCUUCUAAACUUAGUGAUGUUCAACCCGCACAUUUUAAAAAAGGAUUCUUUCACGAGAAGACAAUGUGAGUUACGUUUUUAGCAUUGUAGUUGGUCUGAGGAAUUAAAUAUGUAGAAAUGUUUCCAAAAAUUUGGGAACCAUCAUGUUGAGCCAAUGCAGCUUUAUAGCAGUAAAAAGUGAUACCUUAUUGAAAUUGCUUUAGUUUUCUGAUUUGUAACUCUGUAUUUAUUGGUCUUAGAUUUUAUUUGAAGUGCAAGUCUAAUUUAAGCUCUCCUUCUUACAAUAUUUAAUGUGUAAAACAGGAAUUGAAUUUUUAUUUUUCAUUAAACUUAUAUAUAUAUAAAUUAAUGUUGAAAUUUAUUGUUAUUUAUUCAAGAGAUAUAGUAACAGUGAACAGGGGUGUGAGUAUUAACAGCUAUUUCAUAACGCAUUCAAAGUGCUCUGUACAAUUUUAUGAAAUCAGGAUCGUGGUCUAGUCCAAUAAAAUGGCAGAUUUUUUCAGCUUUGUGUAAGCAUUUAAAAAAAUCAAGAAUGUGUUGCUGAAGCUCCUGUUUUCCCCCCUCCUAUUUCUAAGAUGUAUAAAGAUGUAUAAGAAAAUAAGCUUCAUGAUUUCACCUUUUACAUUAAGUGACUUUUCUUGGACUUCGUACACUAUAACCUAGGGUAGUGGGGCACAAGGGAUAAAACACAGAAUGGGAAUUUCAGAGGCAGGGUUCUGCUUCAGAGGCUAGGUUCACCUAGCCCUGCUCUGGAGUUCUGGCUGAGCUUGGAAAGGACUUUGAGUUGAUCUGGACCCACCACACUCCUCCAGCAGGGCCACCUUGAGUUUCAUUGCCAUUGCUGCUUGUCCUGUUUGUCACUCAGCACUAUUGAGAAGUUUGACUCACUUUUCUUUGUUCCCUCAAUCUGCUACUGAUACACAUUAAGAUUCUCUCCCAUAACCUUCUCUCUUCCAGGCUCAGCAGUCCCAGCCCUCUGUCCCCAUAUUAUCAAAUAAGCUCCAGUCCUUUGAUCAUCUUUGCAGCUCUGCAUGGGACUCACUCUUGUACAUCCCUCUCAGACAGGGGAGCCUAGACCUGGAUCCAAGGCAGGAGGCUUUUUUUCUCUCCCUCUACAGGCACCCAGUUUAACACAGCCCCUAAUGCUUUGCUGGCUCAGGGUGAGCUUGGUGUCUGCUUCACUGCUGAGGUGCAUCUUCCACUUCUGCGGUGCUUCCACGUGGGCUUGUUCCUUCUGAGGUGCAGGACUUGAUAUUUCUCUUUACUCAGCUUCAUCAGGAUUCUGCCAGCCCAACUCUCCAGCCUGCUGGGGGUCCCUCUGCCUGGCCCUAUAGCCAUUUUGUGUCGUCUCCACACUUGGAACGCAUCCACAGGGCUGCCUCCACAUUAUCUUGCUUCACUCCUGUCUUCCACUGAGGGGCACCUCUCCAUUGGUGUGACUGAAGUAGUAAGUUAUGAAGGUCAUAGAAUAAGUAAAUGGUAUUUUUCCAUUGUCUUUCACCCUGGGGGUGAAAAGACUUUAGUAGCUUACUGUAACAGGUUGCUUUUUUAGGGGUUUUCAGUUCUUUUACCAGUUCCUGACCACUGUGUGUAAUCAAAGUGUGUGAGCACAGGGGCUCCAGCCUUAAUUUGGGCUGAACCGAGGCCAGCACCGACUUAAAAUCACCAUUCUUUGCAGGGAAAGGGGGCAGGGACAAGCACAUUAGGGGAGCUGGCAAAGUAAACUCUUCUUCUUCUCCCUCGAGCCAAAGCAAACACGGCUGAGAGCGCUACGAGCCCGCACCGAGCACAAAAACCCGCUUUCGCCCUUGGAGCGCCACCACCCCCCCAACACGCCAAGCCCCGGGGGCUGCAGCGGGGCUCCCCCCU